CACUUCCCUUGCAGAUUGCGGAAGGGAGAGCACUUUAUUACAGACCUUGGAAGCAAGAGGAUUGCAUUCAGCUUGGUUCCUGGUUGCUGGCCAAAGGGAUCAUGGACAUUGAAGCAUAUUUUGAAAGAAUUGGCUAUAAGCACUCUAGGAACAAACUGGACUUGGAAACAUUAACUGACAUUCUUGAGCACCAGAUCCGAGCUGUUCCCUUUGAGAAUCUUAACAUGCACUGUGGGGAAGCUAUGGAGUUGGGCUUAGAGGCUAUUUUUGAUCUCAUUGUAAGAAGAAACCGGGGUGGGUGGUGUGUCCAGGUCAAUCAACUUCUAUACUGGGCUCUGACCAAAAUCGGUUUUCAGACCACAAUGUUAGGAGGGCAUGUUUACAUCUCUCCAGCUAACAAAUACAGCACUCGCAUCGUUCACCUUCUUCUGCAAGUGACCAUUGAUGGCAGAAACUACAUUGUCGAUGCUGGGUUUGGAAGCUCCAUGCAGAUAUGGCAGCCUCUGGAGUUAAUUUCUGAGAAAGAUCAGCCUCAGGUUCCUGGCAUCUUCCGCUUGACAGAAGAGAGAGGAAUCUGGUACUUGGACCAAAUCAGAAGAGAGCAGUAUAUUCCAAAUGAAGAAUUUCUUAAUUCUGCUCUCCUGCAAAAGAAGAAACAUCAAAAAAUGUACUCCUUUACUCUUGAACCUCGAGCAAUUGAAGAUUUUGAGUCUAUGAAUACAUACCUGCAGACAUCUCCAACAUCUCCAUUUAUAAGCACAUCACUCUGUUCCUUGCAGACCCCAGAAGGGGUUCACUGUUUGGUGGGCUUCACCCUUGCCUAUAGAAAAUUCAAUUAUAAAGACAAUACAGAUCUGGUCGAGUUUAAAACUCUGAUUGAGGAAGAGGUUGAAGAAGUGCUGAAAAAUAUAUUCAAUAUUUCCUUGGGGAGAAAGCUCGUGCCCACAAAUGGUGAUGGAUUCUUUACUAUUUAGAAUAAGGAACAAAAUAAGCCCUUGUGUAUGUGUCACCCAACUCACUAAUUGUCAACUUAUGUGCUAUCACAUAUCCUCUAUGCCCUCACAUUAUUUUGGAGAAAAUCCUAGACAUCAAAUAGUUUCACCCAUAAAAAUAUCAGCAUUUAUUUUAAAACAAUAGCAUUUUAAGGAAACAUAAGCACACGUUUUCAAAUUAGUAAAAAUAAAGGCAUUUUAAGGAUGGCCUGUGAUUAUCUUGGGAAGUAGAGAGAUUAAUGACAGAAAACAUUUACUACUGAUUUAUUGUUGGAUUCAUAGUACAUUGUUACUGGUAAAUGAAUAAAGAAUAUUG